GGUCACUUAAAUUUUCAUCAUCAAUAAAAAUCUAUUGCUUUAACAAUCUUUUUUUUAUUUUAUUUUGUUUUAUUUUUUUAAUAACGAAAAAAUGAACACAUAUAAAACUUACGCUGAACGUGGUAAAAACCAUCCCAAUGCUUGUGCCAGAUCUCUUUUUGAGCUUAUGGAACGCAAGAAAAGUAACCUCUCUGUUGCGGUGGACGUCACUUCUAAAAGGGAAUUACUCUCCAUUGCCGAUGCAGUGGGUCCAUAUAUUUGUCUUUUAAAAACACAUAUUGAUAUUGUAGAAGACUUUGACAUGGAUUUAGUUCAACAAUUACAAGAACUAUCAAAAAAGCAUGACUUUUUAAUCUUUGAAGAUCGUAAAUUUGCUGACAUUGGUAACACGGUAAAACAUCAAUAUGCAAACGGUGUUUAUAAGAUUGCUUCUUGGUCUCAUAUUACAAACGCACAUACUGUUCCUGGUGAUGGUAUUAUCAAAGGCCUUGCUGAAGUGGGUUUACCUUUGGGUCGUGGUUUAUUGUUGCUGGCUGAGAUGUCAUCCAAAGGCAGUUUGGCUAAAGGAAACUAUACUACAGAAUCAGUAGAGAUGGCACGUCAUCAUAAAGACUUUGUGAUUGGCUUUAUUGCUCAACACAAGAUGAAUAGUUAUGAUGAAGAAGACUUUAUUGUCAUGUCCCCCGGUGUUGGCUUAGAUGUAAAAGGGGAUGGUUUGGGCCAGCAGUACCGUACUCCACAUGAAGUCAUUGUAGGUAGUGGCGGAGAUAUUAUUAUUGUUGGUCGUGGUAUUUAUGGAAAUCCUGACCAAGUAGAAGAACAAGCAAAACGUUAUCGUCAAGCUGGCUGGGACGCUUAUCUUGAAAGAGUUCGUCUUCACCAGCAUUAAUAAUAUUUAUUCUAUUUUAUUUUGUUAUAUUAUAUUUUAUUUGAUUUUAUUUGAUUUUAUAAAAACAGAAAUAUAUGCAAAUGUUACUAAAAGAGGAAGAAUCUUCUGUCUUUUUCUUUUCUUUUUGUUUUGUUGUUUUACCAAGGUUUAGAGGUAUGAGUCCAGUCAGCCACAUACGAAAAGUUUUGGAAUUCUUGUUGUUCUACACGGUU